AUGAAAGGUUCUUUGUGUAUAUUGUUUAAGCAUAAAAGCAUUUCUAGUAGAAACCUCUUUAGCCUAUUGCCUGUUCAUACCGUUACACAAUCAAUCAUCUUCACACCACAGGUCGGCCGUCCCAUCAUCUCAGCCAUUUUGCGAUGUCUCUCAAACCAAUCGCUCUUGGAUGGACCCGAGCCCCAACCAGAUGAGAACGAACGAUAUACUUCAAAUGCAGAAGGUACCCCACACACACCUGAAGCCGUCCAAAUACAAGUCAAGGCAAACUCGCUGCUACCCCUGACUGUAGCGGAGCAUAUUAUAAGCCGCGCCAAAGAUGUAUUCAGUACGGAGGCGAACGUGGUGCGUGUGCAAGCGCCGGCCACGGUCGUGGGCGACAUACACGGACAGUUCGGUGAUUUGUUGAGGAUAUUCGAUAUACACGGACAGGUACGAGACCGGCCUGUGCGCGCUUGUGGCACGUCAGCAGCUGGUGUCUCUGGGUCUGACGACGCGAUGUUUGGUUCGGGAGGGGCGGCGGGUGUUGAAGACCGGGAUGACGAUGAGGAUUACAGCCGUUGUCCACAGUAUGUGUUCCUGGGGGACUAUGUGGAUCGGGGUUACUACUCGUGUGAGGUGGUGUUGUACCUGUUCACACUCAAGAUAGCGUAUCCUCAGCGCAUAUGGAUGCUGAGAGGGAACCAUGAGACCAGGUGCAUGACCACCAAGAAUUUUGGGGCCGAGGGCGUCAAUUUUAGGACAGAGUGUGUGGCGAAAUACGGCCUGGCGCUGUACGAGAAAAUCAUGUCUUGCUUUGACUACCUACCCAUCUGCGCAGUCAUUGAGAAUGGUAUCGCGGGGAAUGAGGGCAUCCCAUCCGGUGCACAUGGCAGCAGAACCGGGACAACCAGCAUAGAUAGCAGUGGUGAGAAAAUAAGCGGUGGUGUUCCAGGUGACGAAAGUGCUCCGCCCAAACAGUGGCAGCGCUUCUUCUGCCUGCAUGGAGGGUUGUCGCCAAAACUGAAGACACUGGCAGAGAUCGAUGCCAUCCCACGCACUCAAGAGCCCCCACUCAAAGGUGCGUUGUGUGAUCUCCUGUGGGCCGAUCCCCUGGCCGACAGUUUGGCCGAGCGACUGAAUGCAACUGACUAUGAGGAGUUCCUCGAAUUAGACUACCUGCCUAAUCCACCCAGAGGAUGCUCUGUCUUCUUUGCGUACGAUGCUAUUAAAACUUUCCUGGAUACCAAUCAGGUAGACGGCAUUAUCCGAGCCCAUCAGGUGGUGCAGGAUGGGGUGGCGUAUCACUACAAACGCCUGCGUGAUUCUCCUGAGGACUUCGACUUCCCGAUGGUCACCACGGUGUUCAGCGCGAGCAACUACUGCGGGACGUAUAUGAACCUGGGUGCGGUGCUGCAUCUGUCGGCUGAGCAUGGGCUUAGAGCCUCCCAGCACGAGAUGGUGGAGGUGCAAGACGCCGCGCUGCGCAAAGCGAACUUCAACAAGGCCACGAUCCAGGAUCAACGGAGUGAGAUUCAUCCUGGGUGGAGCUCACUACGUCGGGCUGUCACCACACUCGCCACGUUCCGAAGCAUGACGAAACAAAGCUCACUAAGUUCGCUGAAAAAGAGUGCAACAGUCGCGCUCCGGACCUCAAACCAGGAUGCAGACAAUGCUAUACAGAAGAUAGACACCGCUCCUGAAUUCGACGGCAAGGGCAAUGGUACAGCCGUCAAGGACAACAACAAACACACAGACAACCCCACAGACACGGGCGGGCUUAUGGGCACCAUAUUAACCAGGAAGGAUAACAACAAACACACACACAACCUCAGAGAUGCAGGCAGGCUUACGGAUAUCAUAUUCCCUGAGGAUCUGUCUCAGCUACGAUACGUUUUCGAUUCCAUUGAUGUCAACGGAAAUAACAGCCUGGACAUGCGGGAGCUGUAUGAGUUCGUGCGCCUGGUGCGAUCGGAUUUCAGUGUGGCACCGAACGCCAUGGAAGAUUUGUUCAAACGCGUAGAUGCGGAUGAAGAUGGCCAGAUUGACUUUGAAGAGUUCGCUGCCUUUGCCACAACUGCACUACGGACUCGUAGUGACUCACCGGUGGAUACCACGGGCAUAACCCUAGACCCUGUGAAUGGUACUACCUCCGGUGCGGAAAAGUUAAACCCAACUACAACACAGGGGCAGCAGUCCGUACCGGAGAAGCAAAGGAACCCCUUGGCGUCUGCGCCUUCGAUGGAUGUUGCUGCCGAGCGAUCGAAAUCCGUUAGUAUCUUAGUCAUGGGUACACUUCCAAAAACUGCAGCGCUCGGGUGAUGUGUCGAUACUUCCCUAGCCAUCUUGGUUGCACAAGCACUAUGAUUUUACCAUAGGCUACGUCGUGGAUAGUUGCUGCCGCACAUAUAAAUAUAUAAAUAAACAUAAAUAUAUAACUGACCGUGAACUUCUGUCAUGCUCACGUCAGUUCAGCGGAUAGAGGUAUGUAUACUACGCACAUUAUUAUGUAUUCCACUGCGUCUGCGAGGAUCUUCUAGGCUCUGAUGUGCU